AUGAGUGGAAAAACUUGUUUUAAGUGUCACAAACCAGGACAUAUUGCUCGUUAUUGUAAUGCGAAUGAUAGUGAUACUAGUAUUAAUAGUGAUCCUGAUUAUGAUGAAGGUGACAUUUGUUGUGAAUGUCAUUGUCCAAGAUAUAUCUGUGAACUAGGUUCAGAUCAUGAUUUCAUACCUCUGGGUUUAUGUGUAAUAGACAUUAACAACAUAUGUCCUCGACCGAGUUUAAAUUUGAAAGUAAACAAAGGAUAUUUAACCAAUCAACGAGUUGAUGUUAUUGUAGUAUGUUCAACAUCAAAUGGAUUAAGAGAAUCUGUUCUUCAAGCAGCUGGUCCUCAUAUUCAAAGAGCAUAUGCACAAGCUAAACGAACAAUGCCUACUAAUGAAAUGUUUGUUUUAGAAUGUUCAAAUUUACCAUAUCAACGAAUUCUUUUUCUACCAUGGAAACCUGAUGAAAAGAUUCUUUUUACAGAACAAUCAAUUAAUAAUUUUGUAUCAACAGCUAUGAAAUAUGUACUUGCAGAAAAUUACACAAGUGUUGCAUUUCCUGCAAUUGGUUGUGGUCAAUAUGGUUGUGAUGCAGAUUUUAUUGCUCGAACAAUGAUAAAUCAUAUAAAGAUUGAAUCAUAUCCAUUGAAUAUCACAAUUACAAUUUGUCCUAAAUUUCAACAUAUUUUUCAAGCUUUUCAAAAUGCUAAUAAAAUAACUCCAGCUAUUCAAUUGUUUCCAAGUACAUGGUUAUAUACCAACAAUUAUAAUCAAUUACGUUAUCCCGUAGCAAAAAAUACUCAAGAAUGGAAUACGAUUGUUGAAGAAUUUAAUAAGACAAUGUCUGGAAUUUAUCGAAGAAUCAAUCGAAUAGAUCAUAUUCGAAAUGAUCGAUGGCAUAAACAAUAUAUAAUACAUCGUGAUUAUUUUCAAAAUCGUCUAAAUAUAAAUACUGAAAAAUUUCUUUAUCAUGGUUGCUCUGCUAAAGCUGCAGAUAGUAUUAUUAACGAUUAUUUCAAUCGAAGUUUAAGUGGAGAAAAUGGUACGAAAUAUGGUUGUGGUGUUUAUUUCUCAUCAAAUGCAAAUUAUAGUCAUACAUAUAGCAUGCCAAAUAAUCGUGGAGAACGAUGUAUGUUUUUUGCACGUGUUCUUAUUGGUAAAUCAAUAUUAGGUAAUACAAAUAUGAAAGUUUGUCCAUCAAAUUAUCAUACAACUACUGAUGGUGAACAUAUUUAUGUUACUUAUCAUGAUACACAAGCAUAUGCACAAUAUUUAAUCCAUUAUCAAUGA